AUGAAUAAAAUUUUAACAAAAUCAUUCACUUAUCUUCCUUGCUAUUGGAUCUCUAAGCCUUAUAGUACUUCAUAUGAAAUACAAAUCUGUAGUUCAAAGUUAGAUUUAAGUCGUGAUGAUUUAUAAUCAGAUGAGUUAACUACUUUGAUAUGUACAUAAUUAGAUGCCACUAAAUUAAUUGACAUAUACAAUAGAUAUAAACAUAAUUUUACUGAACGUCAUCUAUUACAGAGUUUAAAAAUAAUUGCCAAAAUGCAAGGAAUAUGUAAUUUACCAAUUCAUGAUGAAUAUUUUAAUGAAUCCUACCAAGCUUUAAUAAGAUAAUUCAAUCAAUAUAUUUCCACUCUAAAUAAUUUAGAUCUUGGAGAUUUCAUGUAUUGGUAUAAGAAACUAUACUAUGAUAAUCUUAGUAUAGGAUCCUUAAAUGCAGUAGAUAUUAAAUAAUUGUAAUUAAUAAUUAAAAAAUACAUUUAAGAAAAUUAGUUCCUACCAAGAUAAUUAAAUAUGAUUUAUGAAUGCAUUGAUUUAAUCUUCUCAAAAGAGGACUACUUAAAUAAAUAAUUUAUAGAUUAUGCCUUUUUAACCAAUGAUAUUACUGUUGUUUAACUUAUGCAAUUUCUUACUUCUAUUAAUAAAAAAUUCAUCAUAAAAAAAAAAGUUGAUCUCUACUCCAUAUUACAAUUAUUAAACUAUUAAAAAAAUGUGUGCAAAAGCUUUGAUGUUGAUUAAUAUGCUUUUAUGACUAAAUCCUUUAUAAAUAUGAGAUUAAAGUAUCAUAUUACAGAAAAAUAAUAUCUUGAAUAAAUUGAUGAAAAACUUGAAGCAACUAAAUAAAAUAUUAAGUACUUAGAAUCAUAAUCUAUAAUUUCUAUCCUAUAAAAUUCUAAAUAUUAAAUACUUGAUGAAUCAAAACCUCUAUUGAUACUCAUUCAUGAAUAAGUUUAACAAAUACUACUAAAAUAUGAAAAGAAACAAGGUCACUUAAAUUUUGAAUUUUUAAUUUAAUAUUUAUAGAAUGUAAUUUAUGCAGAUUACAUUGAUAAUUAAGAUAUUAACAAAAUAGAAUCAGCUUGCUUAAAAUUACUAUAGGAAAGUUUUAAUAUUUCAAAUAUCUAUUUGAUGACGUAAUAUUAUUUAGAUAAAAAGAGCAAAUGUUAACCUUAUGCAGAAUAUUUAAAAAUUAUUCUAAAAAAUCUUACAAUGUAGAAUAUUAAUUCAAACAUUAAAAAUCUUUUAUAUCUUCAUUUUAUUUGUGAAAUUGAUGUUUCCUAAUUUUUAGAUAAACUCAGUAAUUAAAAUUUUUCUGGAUAAGAAGAAGAUUAUGAAGAAAUUUAAAUAUCUAAGACAUCCAUAGUUAAUUUAAUUAUUUUAUUUGAUUACUAUCCUUAAAUACCAAUACCUGAUUUUAUUACUAAUUAAUUUAUUAAAAUGAGUUCUAUUCCAUUAUUACUAUCCUUAUGUAAUUGUCAAUUCUUCAGUCCUAGAAUUAGAUCCCUUUAUACUUAAAAAUUAUAAAACCUAAAAAGUGAAGUAAGGCUUGAUAAACGAUUUAGAUAGAAUAUAUUAGAAUCUAUUAAAAAUAAUGAUGAUGCUUAAUAUAUAUUUAAAUGGUUUAAUCAAACUAGUAAAAUUUAGUUAAAUUAAGCUUUGCUUUAAGUUCUACUUUCAAAUGAAAACAAUAAUGUAACUUAUUUAAUAUGAUUAAAGUUUAGAUCACUAAACCUUAAGUUUACUUUUUAUAUUAAGUAAUUAAAAGUUAUAUUGAUGAUUUGGAUAUAGAAAUAAUAAUCAAUUAAUUAAUUUAUUAAACUAAAAUAUUUGAUUAUCUAUUAGAAUUAGAUCCAGAAAUUAUAAAUUUAAUACUUGAAUAUUCAUAUAGAUUUAAUUAAGGACAGGGAACAGCUAUAAUGAUAUAAUUAAUUGAAUAAAAAUUUCCAGGCAAUUUGAAAUAAUUUAAAAUUCCUUAAUACUUAAUGUUAAACUAUUAAUAUCUUGAGUAAUAUGAUACAAACUUUAUUUUAUUGAUGAUUAAAUAUCAUUGUUAUCCACUAUAAGAUAGUUUAAAGAUUUUCAAUAAUUUAAUUAAUUUCACUUAAAAUGAAUUAAGACUUUUUAUACUCUACUUGGAAAUGAGCUAAAAAAUAGGAUUAGAAAAGAUGCAUUCUUAUAUUUUAAAAUAAAUAAAAAAACUUAAUGAAACCUAUAUUAUAUAAAUAUAAUGA